CUGGCCGCUCAUCCAGAAAGCGGAACAUUUGUGGAUUGACAGUGAACACAAGGCCCACACCAGGCUCCAUCAAUACAGCAAUGCCAGCUCCUACCAAUACUACCAUACAACCACCUCAAACUACUGCAUCAGGGGUUCCAACUGCUAAGAAAGACACCAGUAAUAUAUCAAGUAUUCUAUCAAGAGGGCAGGUAAAUCCUGAUCAAAUUCAACAUUUAGAAAUUCUUGGUUAUGGCAAUGGUGGAACAGUAUACAG